AUGUCCCUUAUCAUGCAACAGAUCCUAAUAGAUGCCAAAAAGCUGGCCGGAAGACUCAAGGAUAGAGAAACCUUAACAGAUAACUUACAUUCAGAGACUCAUGCCAUUAAUAAAAAAAUUGAUGCAAUGAAACAGUUUCAAGAGGAAGUGGAGCAACUGAAUGAAAUUGCUAGUCAAAAACCUCACUCUCAACUCAUAGCGAAUAUUCAAAAAGAAAACAGGCAUUUAAGAGAAAUCCAGCAGGAAAAUAGAGAUCUCAAAUCCAUCCUGGAGGAGUACCAGUUUACUAUAGAGAGAAUUAUGACUAAAUAUAGACAGCAUACACAGGAGAAGAUAUAUAAAACAAAAAUUAAUUUUAAGGCUUUACAAGAGCAAAGAUAUCAAUUUAUAAUUCAAGAGCAAGCGAAUAAGAUUGAAGAAAUGGCCGCGGUAAUGGAAAAGGCCGCCAUGUUGGAUGAGGAUAAGGAAUUGAGGUUUGAGGAGAUCGUAUCCCAGUUAAAAGCUGAAAAUCAGGGUCUGAGAGAGUUGUUACGAAUAUCCCAAAAACUAGAUUUAGAUUUAGUUUCCACAGAAGAUAAGACGGUUCAGACCGAGCCUGUUUAGUUAAUUUACCGUAAAACUUUUGAGUUUCUCUAGGAUGUAUCUUAUUGUUUUGUAAAAUAUGUUAUUUUUUA